UACCUAUCUAGGUAUUUUAUCGAUAUUUAACCGUUACCGUUACCGUUACCUUACCUUUACCUUUACCUUUACCUGAGGCUCUUAAUAUAAGUUUGGGUGGUAAUUGUUUCCCUAAAAAAAUAAAAAAUCACUCGUGAAAGCUACCUCACCUUACAUGAUCACCUUACCUUACAUGACCUACCCCACCAUCAUCAUCAUAUUCCGCAAAUAACUCAGAAUUUCUUAAAUUAAAGAAUUUCGCCUCACCGACUUACACCGACUUGCCACAUUCAUAUCCCAUAUUCCAUAUCACAUAUCACAUAUUCCACAUUCAUACCUACCCUCACAGGCAUUGCGUAUUCAGAGUCGCAUACCAAUAGUCCACCACCAUGCCGGGAAAGCAACCCAAUUUGUUCGCUUUUAGCGACGUUGAAGCUCUUGCGCCCGCCCUGCGAUCCUACAUCAUCACAUGUCAAAAUGCUGGCAUCACACGUCAUGGCGUCUUCAAAGUCGGCAUUUCGGGCGGCUCGCUACCCCAGACCCUCGCUGAGGCCCUUCUUGCGCAACCGAAAUCUAAAGAAGACACGAUCAAGUUCGACAAGUGGGAAAUAUUCUUCGCUGACGAGAGAGCUGUACCUCUAGAUCAUGAAGACAGCAAUUAUGGUUUGGUUAAGAAGGAGCUGCUGGACAAGAUGCCAACCGAGCUGGGCCAACCUACCAUACACCCAAUCGACACUCAAUACCUAGAUGACACGCAAGAGCUAGCUGAUCAAUACGAAAAAAUACUUGUCAACUCCUUUGCUAAGGGCGACUCGGUCAAGCUACCCAUCUUCGACCUACUACUUCUUGGCUCCGGCCCAGACGGUCAUACUUGCAGUCUAUUUCCAGGCCACCCUCUUCUCCGUGAGACAGACGCGUGGGUAGCGCCCAUCGACGACUCACCUAAGCCGCCGCCUCGACGAAUCACAUUUACACUACCCGUCGUCACGCACUCCGUCAAGAUCGCCUUUGUCGCUACGGGCGCUGCGAAGAAGGAGAUCAUGAAGGAAAUAUUCGAGCAAGGAAACGGACUUCCGUGCGCGCUCGUAAACGAAGCAACCGGCGAGCGAUGUAGUUGGUUUACGGACACGGCUGCCGUAGAAGGUGUCAGCUUCCCCCGACGUGGAUUCCUAUAGAGUUCUGCGGAGUGGGAUUGAAGGAGAUGCGCCACCAGUCAUAGCUAAUAUGAUUUGGGACUAGAUUACGGCAGGCGAAAAAGAAAAGUUAGGCGAUGUCUCUUGAGGUCCGCAAGCGAGUAAUUAGUGCUGUCUUCUUCGAUUCACGACUUAAUCUAUGUAGAUUGGCGACGAGUGGAUGGUUCUUACGAGCAUAAGACGUGCGGAUUUUAUUGCAUCAUCAUACGACGAGGCGUGAUGGGACAUACAUCU